AUGAAGCACGAUACUGCGGAUGGCGAAAGGCCAGUGAUGACCGACAUUAACGUCUCAGAAGUUGAACCUCAAGAUCCGAGCCAUCUGCGGAUUCCCGCCAAGUACAAAUGGACUGCACUCUUUCUCGUCAUCACCCUUCCCUUAGGACAUACCUGGACAGGCUCAGCCUUGGGUCCACUUAAGAACACUCUGCGAGAAGAACUCGGCAUUAACAACACGCAAUUUGGCGUCAUCAGCAGUGCAGACGCUUUCGUCAACACCAUCUUCCCUAUCGUUGGAGGCCUCAUCCUGGACUGGUGGGGUCCCAACAUCGUCACUUUUUGCUGCACGAGUGUAAUACUUGUCGGAUCCGUCGUCGCGGCCGUUGGUGUUCAGAUUGGACUUUGGAGACUGCUUGUUUCUGGACAUGUGCUCAUGGGCUUUGGCAUUGCAGUUUUAGACUCUGCAACACAAAAGGUAUUCUGCCCAAUACAAAAUGAUCAUAUAGCUUUCUUAUUAAUAGUUUCAAAAUUCUUUUACCACUGGUUCGGCGCUUCUGGGCUUGCAUUGGCGUUUGGACUAGAGAGUGCCGUUUCUGGCACUGUCAGCCUUGUCUCUGGUAUGGUCGCCAUCCCCAUCCGAGAUCGCACAGGCUGGUACGGAUGUACCUUUUGGGUUCCAGUUUUCUUCUGUGGACUUUCUUUAGCCAUGAACAUUUCAUAUGUCUGCUUCGAGCGGUUUGUGGUUCCGGCAAAGUACAGAUUAACCCCAGGCCGUGAGAUAGCGAUCACUGAGAAGCACCUUGUGACCAAGCGCAACUUCUCCUGGAAACUCUUGUUGACUUUACCCUGGGCCUACCUUAUGCUACCAGCUACCCAGUUGCUACAGAGCGGGGCAGCUGGUGGAUUCAGCACGAGCUCGGCAGAUAUCAUAUUCUUGAAGGGAUACACCGAGGAAGUGGCUGGUUAUCUCUCAACAGCACAGAGAAUCCUCCCGAUUGUUCUGAGUCCAGUCCUUGGCUUGGCUAUAGAUAAGUAUGGCCAUAGGUUUCACUACGUUGCCACAGCUCCUGUCUUGUGGAUCAUUGCUUGUUCUCUGUUGGGCUUCACAGACGUGCAUCCAACCGCAGCUCUGGUCUUCUCCAGUUUAGCGGGCGUGAUCAACUCUAUGCCAUUGCAGAUCUGCAUACCCCUCUUAGUCGCUGAUCAAGCCAAGAUUGGCACUGCCUUUGGUGUAUGGAGAGCAUUUAACAAUUCAGGCUCAACUAUUAUGGAUGUUGUCUUUGGAGUAUUACAAGAUGAUACCGAGGGAAACGGUUACUACAAGGUUCUACUCGUUGCCAUUGGCCUUAAAGCAUGGGCCUUUGUGCUGGGUGUGUCGUACAUCAUCGUCGACUACAAACUUCUAGGGAAGGGCAUGACCAUGACAAGAGUCCAACGCGAGGCAAUAGAAGUCACGAUCGAGGAUCGCGAUGCGAAUCCUUUGACUCGCCGAAGGUCGAAGUCCUGGUUCACUGCCUUGACGUUUGGCCUUUUGGUUGCUAUGGUUGCGACUGCAUGGGUGGUCUUUCUUAGAUACCUGAUCUGA